CGGAGUCCGAUACCGCUUUCAGAGUCCCGGGCGGCGUGCGCGCUCUUCCUGGCGACUGCGCAGGUGUGAAAAUCACAAAUGUCAUCAAAUGAUGGAAGAUCCAGGAAUCGGGACAGGCACUAUGAUGCGGUCCCAAGCGACCUGCCCUAUCAAGAUAGCACCAUAAGAACCCAUCCAACUCUUCACGACAGUGAGCGGGCAGUGAGCGCUGAUCCCUUGCCACCACCCCCUCUCCCAUUACAGCCACCAUUUGGGCCAGACUUCUACUCAAGUGACACAGAGGAACCAGCUGUAGCGCCAGAUCUCAAACCAGUAAGGCGCUUUGUCCCCGACUCCUGGAAGAACUUCUUCAGAGGGAAGAAAAAGGACCCCGAAUGGGAUAAGCCGGUGUCUGAUAUCAGAUACAUCUCCGAUGGAGUGGAGUGUUCACCACCAGCCUCUCCAGCAAGACCAAACCACCAUUCACCCCCCAACUCCUGCAAAGAUCCCUACGGAGGGUCAGGAGGAACCUUUAGUUCCCGGAAAGAGGCUGACGCGGUGUUUCCCCAGGAUCCCUAUGGAUCUCUAGACCGACACACACAAACAGUUCGAACAUACAGUGAGAAGGUGGAGGAGUAUAACCUGAGGUACUCCUACAUGAAGUCGUGGGCAGGCCUGCUGAGAAUACUGGGGGUGGCGGAGCUGCUUUUGGGGGCCGGCGUCUUUGCUUGUGUCACAGCUUACAUUCACAAGGACAGUGAGUGGUACAACUUGUUUGGAUAUUCACAACCAUAUGGCAUGGGAGGCGUUGGUGGACUGGGCAGUAUGUAUGGGGGCUAUUACUACAGUGGCCCUAAGACCCCUUUUAUACUUGUGGUUGCUGGAUUAGCUUGGAUCACCACCAUUAUUAUUCUGGUUCUUGGAAUGUCCAUGUAUUACCGGACCAUUCUUCUGGACUCUAAUUGGUGGCCCCUAACUGAAUUUGGAAUUAACGUUGCCUUGUUUAUUUUGUAUAUGGCCGCAGCCAUAGUCUAUGUGAAUGAUACCAACCGAGGUGGCCUCUGCUACUAUCCGUUAUUUAAUACACCAGUGAACGCAGUGUUCUGCCGGGUAGAAGGAGGACAGAUAGCUGCAAUGAUCUUCCUGUUUAUUACCAUGAUAGUUUAUCUUAUAAGUGCUUUGGUUUGCCUGAAGUUGUGGAGGCAUGAGGCAGCUCGGAGACACAGAGAAUAUAUGGAACAACAAGAGGUAAAUGAGCCAUCAUUGUCAUCAAAAAGGAAAAUGUGUGAAAUGGCCACCAGUGGUGACAGACAAAGAGAUUCAGAAGUUAAUUUCAAGGAAUUGAGAACAGCAAAAAUGAAACCUGAACUACUAAGUGGACAUAUCCCCCCAGGCCACAUUCCUAAACCUAUCGUGAUGCCCGACUAUGUGGCAAAAUACCCUGUGAUUCAGACAGAUGAUGAGCGAGAACGCUAUAAAGCUGUGUUCCAAGACCAGUUUUCAGAGUACAAAGAACUGUCUACAGAAGUUCAGGCCGUCCUGAGGAAGUUCGAUGAGCUGGAUGCGGUGAUGAGCAGAUUGCCCCAUCAUUCAGAAAGCCGACAGGAACAUGAGAGAAUUUCAAGAAUCCAUGAAGAGUUUAAGAAAAAACAGAAUGAUCCUACAUUUCUGGAAAAAAAAGAACGCUGUGAUUACCUAAAGAAUAAACUUUCUCACAUAAAGCAAAGAAUUCAAGAAUAUGAUAAAGUAAUGAAUUGGGAUGUACAAGGUUAUUCUUAA